AUUUUAAACACAGUUUGAGAUGAUGGCGGGGCCGGUGCAUUCUCGAGCAAAACGAUAUGAAAAGCUUGAUUUUCUUGGAGAGGGUCAGUUUGCCACUGUGUACAAAGCAAGGGAAAGAAAUACAGACAAAAUUGUUGCCAUUAAGAAGAUUAAGCUUGGACAUAGGUUGGAAGCUAAAGAUGGAAUUAACAGAACAGCUCUUAGAGAAAUCAAGCUACUGCAAGAGUUAAGCCAUCAGAACAUAAUUGGACUUCUGGAUGCAUUUGGACACAAAUCUAAUAUUAGCCUUGUGUUUGACUUUAUGGAAACUGAUCUUGAGGUAAUAAUAAAGGACACUAGUCUGGUUUUGACCCCAGCAAAUAUCAAGGCAUACACCCUUAUGACACUUCAGGGUCUUGAAUACAUGCAUCAUCACUGGGUCUUGCACAGGGAUUUAAAGCCCAAUAACCUGUUGCUAGAUGAGAAUGGAGUACUGAAACUUGCAGAUUUUGGUCUGGCAAAAGCUUUUGGAAGCCCUAAUAGAGUGUACACACAUCAAGUUGUCACAAGGUGGUACAGGGCACCAGAGCUGCUGUUUGGAGCCAGAAUGUAUGGCGUGGGUGUAGACAUGUGGGCAGUUGGCUGUAUAUUAGCGGAGUUGCUCCUUAGGGUGCCCUUUUUGCCCGGAGACUCCGAUCUUGAUCAGCUAACAAAAGUAUUUGAAGCUUUGGGAACUCCAACUGAAGAACAGUGGCCUGACAUGACGAGCCUGCCUGACUAUGUAUCGUUUAAAAUGUUUCCUGGAACUCCACUGGAGCAUAUAUUUAGUGCCGCUGGGGAUGACCUGCUGGAGCUGCUACAGGGUCUGUUUACAUAUAACCCCUGCACACGCCUCACAGCCUCACAGGCCUUAAAAAAGAGAUAUUUCAGUAACAGACCGGGACCCACGCCAGGACCGCAGCUACCGAGGCCCAGCUGCUCAGUGGAGGCUUUAAAGGAGCAGCAGAACACCAGUAUAGGGAUCAAGAGGAAAUGGGAUGGAGCAGAGCCAGCAACGCUAGUAAAGAAAUUGCUGUUCUAACCAGCAAAGUCAAGACUAUCCCUUGGUGACGCUGGAAGACUGCUGUUCCUGCUAGUGCUGCUGAAGAAAUGGAGUCGGGCAUGAAAUACAAGCAGAGCUAGCUAUUCCAAUUACACAUUGUGACAUUGAAUUGUGCUGCUGUGGGAGUGGUACAGAGCUGUACUAUUUAAUAUCAAAUACUGGACGAAAGUACUUCCUUUUAUUUAUUUUUUUGGUGUCUUUGAAAGAUGUGGUGUGUGUGUUUUUUUGUUUUUGUUUUUGUUUUUUUUACAUAAACAAUGGGAUCAUCACAUGUUGUUUCAGUGGUUUUGUUGUGGGUUUUUUUUAUAUAAUGUAAAUGUCUGGAAGCAAUAAGCUUCAGUUAAAGAUAAAAUAUCAAUCCUGUAACCCUGAAUAAAAUCAUAAAACAAUACCCUACAGUAGAACGCAUGGCUCCUCCAGUAUGCCAGUAGUCACAAUGGACGCAUGGCUUUAAUUGUGAAGUAACCAGUGCCACCUACUUGUGCAUGUACCAGUAAAAUAACUUGGGGCAGCAAUUUCUCUCUUUUACAUGAGCAACUUGAAGGAGGAGUAGUUAUUACUGGCCCUCGAAACUAAACUUUAUUGCUAUGGGGGUUUAUCAGGAAAGACCACCGCAAUACCCCAUGCAUCUGUUUUAGUACCAUUACUACACUAAAAGCAAGCUACAUUUAAAUAUUCAGAAUGCAUUUUAUUAUGUGAAAUUACUUUUAGCCAAAGACAAUUCUUAAAGAAAAAUAAAAAAAAAAAAAAAAAAAAUGAAAUGGGAUCCCCAGAGACUGGCACACUUCACAUUACCGUAAAUGACUGGCUCAUUAAAACAGCAAAAUUAGCAUUGGCUUCCCAUUCUCCUUCAUAUUUAAAAUACAAAAUAUAUGCACGGUUGGUUGCACGGUUGGUUAUUUGAUUUUCAGAGCCUUAAUAACAAUCAGCCCUACAUUUUGUUAUCCUAACAGUUGCAUUUAGAUACACCAUUGUUUAUAUAAAUUGAAUAAAGUUCCUGGUUGUUAGCUUGAAAUGAGAAGUUCCUUACACUUGUCUAUUGUUUUAUUGCAGGACAUUUGGCAAACCAGGACGUAGAUUCUGAAGUUGCUCCAACUACCAUGGUGUGCUGUUUUAUCAUAUAAGUGUGACCCAUCGCUUAACAGGCUUUGCUUUGUCUUCUACAUAUAUAAAUAUAUAUAAAAAUAUAAAUCCUCAAGAAACACAUUGUUGUAUUUUACAAGAACAGCCAUCUGAUUUUGUCUUUUGUGUGUUAGGAGGAUUGUGGUAUUAACAAUUAUUUCUUUACCCUACAUACACACACACACAUAUAUGAGUGAGCCAGCUGGAGGCAUUCAUGGCAGGCUUGGUACGAACCAACAGGUGUUGCCAGUAACGGUCAGAUAGACCUGUGGGCAGAAUACGUGGCUGACAUAACGUCAAGGAGUUAACGGGCUAACAGGCUGCAGGUGUGGUUAGGUAGGCGCUUAUGGUUUCAUCAUUGCUAGAGGAUCAUUAGCCUUCAUUGGCCCACACCUGUAGCCAGUAACAGCCCAAUGCCUGGCUGGUUAAAGAGAGCAUGUACCGUCAGUCUGGGGGGUUGUUUGGUUUGUUUUCCGACCUGGGAACAUCCUGGGUUUAUCUACAGAAGAGCCGACUAACUGGAUAACUUGAAUAACUGGAAUCCUUGUUGGAUAACACUGUGGUUAUUUGCAUCUGCAAUUCCCUGUUCUCUACAGGGCCCUCAAGGAACGGCUUGUCCGCUGCUGGGACUAACAAAGGACUGGACUGCCGAACAAGGGUAGGAGAAGGGUUUCCUAAAGAAGCCGAGCCAGCUAGAAAAACCCCAAACCCCAAGUGGAAUUACUUAUUCACCAAGUGGAUGUAGUUAUCGGUCCAGUUGGUUUACAUCGGCAUUCUUUUGGUUGUUUUGUUUGAAAUCUUGUUUGAACUGUUUAUUUUCUUUUUGGAUACAUCUCGCCAACACCGCUGGCAUUUCAGUAUGAGAGUGAGCCUUGUUAAAUGUCUUGUGAACCUCAAUAAAAA